ACUCCCGGCCAGGUGGCGGCCUCAUUGCACAUUCGAAGGAUGAACGCAGUGAUACGAGCCGAAGAAGAGAAGUGCCCUCGGUUUACCGGUUGGCUCUCUGGUCUCGCUGUAGUAAGAAGCAGGAAAAGCGCGUAGAGCGAGUCGGCAAGCGCUUCGGUGAGGAGCAGUGAGAACCCGCCUCCUUUGGUGUUGCUGCCGGCGUCCCCGCAGGACCUGGACAGCACGGUUCUCGUGUCCCCGGCACAGCGCUCGAGUGUGUGCGUGAGACCCGCCAGAGCUCAAAGCACCUGACGGUAGCAGAAGGGCAGGCAGGGAGGCCUGGACUACGGUGCCCCCAUGUCGGCCCGCGGCCGCCCGGCCGGUGACGCGGAGGGCCGGGUCUCCGAGGAGAGCCAUGCCUUCAGCGACGUGGAGCUCACCGAAAUGGGGCCCCUGCUGGAGCAGGGAGCCACGGCCGCAGGGGCCACCUCGGCCCUCCGGGACACAGAGGAAGAAGAGGAGGAUGACGACGGCGUGCGAGUGAUCACGCUGCCCCUGCAGGCUCACCACGCAAUGGAGAAGAUGGAGGAAUUUGUGCACAAGGUGUGGGAGGGACGCUGGAGGGUGAUCCCGUACCACCUACUGCCCGAGUGGCUGAAGGACAACGAUUACCUUCUGCACGGGCACCGGCCGCCAAUGCCCUCCUUCCGUGCCUGCUUCGGCAGUAUCUUCAGGAUCCACACGGAGACGGGCAACAUCUGGACACACCUCCUGGGUCUCAUCCUGUUCCUGUGCCUGGGGACGCUCACUAUGCUGCGACCCAACAUGUACUUCACGGCCCCGCUGCAGGAGAAGGUUGUGUUCGGCAUGUUCUUCCUGGGCGCCGUUCUCUGCCUCAGCUUCUCCUGGCUCUUCCACACCGUGUACUGCCACUCCGAGAAAGUGUCGCGCACCUUCUCCAAGCUCGACUACUCAGGCAUCGCCCUGCUCAUCAUGGGCUCCUUUGUGCCCUGGCUCUACUACUCGUUCUACUGCUCGCCGCAGCCACGCCUCAUCUACCUCUCCGUCGUGUGCAUGCUGGGUAUCGCAGCCAUCAUCGUGGCCCAGUGGGAUCGCUUCGCCACGCCGCGUCACCGACCCACCCGCGCAGGGGUGUUUAUGGGCCUCGGCCUCAGUGGUAUCGUGCCUACAAUGCACUUCACCAUAGCGGAGGGCUUCGUCAAGGCCACCACCGUGGGCCAGAUGGGCUGGUUCUACUUGAUGGGUGCCAUGUACAUCACGGGUGCCGGACUAUAUGCCGCACGGAUCCCAGAGCGCUUCUUCCCCGGCAAAUGUGACAUCUGGUUCCAGUCACACCAGAUUUUUCACGUCUUGGUGGUGGCAGCGGCCUUCAUCCAUUUCUACGGGAUAUCCAACCUACAGGAGUUCCGCUAUGGCCUGGAGGGAGGCUGUACCGACGAUUCCCUGCUCUAGACAGACAGACAAAAAAAAAACUUUAGCUCCUCCCCCCACAAACAUUCCCCUUGCAACAAGGAAGGGCAAUGUUUCCCACCACCUUCUCGAGCACCACUCAGGUUACAUCGUCACCACAGCCGUAUCCCUGCUCUCGUCACCGCCGACUUCCUUGCUUCGUCAUGCACGGCUGCCUUGGGCUGAACUCCAGCCCAGCCAGCAGCAUGUGGGAGUCAUCCUGCCGCAAAGCACCAAUGAGCCAGGGAAGCGGGGUCAUCGGUGGUCAGGGAGCUGGUGUUUAUUCCCAAGGGAGCGGCUGCAGACAGGCCUGAUUUGGUGCACUGUUUCUUUCUGGGGGAGCAGGAGGGUUUGCCACAGUGACAAGGUUCUCUCCAGAGGUGUGAGUGGGAAUCAGGGGCCAUUCAGUUCUCACCGCAUGGCCCCUGAGCCCCCAGCCGCCUUUUUUCAGGCCCAAUAAGCGAUAGCAGUAAGGAUUGGGUGUGUAUAACAUGAAAUCUCUAUUUGAACAGAAAAGGUCAAAAAUGACAUGGAUGUGUGAAGGCCUCUGUGGUUGCUGGGAAUGAGGAGUAGGCAAUAUGAAAAUGUGAGCUAAAAGUGGAAAGAAUGGAGGCGUAACCCUCCAGGCGAGGUCACUAAUUUGAGAUAUUCAAAUAAUUCCAUAGAUUAGACAGGAAUAUGCAGAGCAGGGGAAAAACAAUUAGUUUAAAGGAAUAUUGCAGAAUACUUAAUAUAUUUCAAUGGAACAUAUUUUUUUACACUUUUGAGUGAUCAUGGUUCAUGAUCCCCCUCUGCCACCAACACUUGAACUUUAAAGAACUGCAGUGAUGGGGACUGAUGGACUCUAAUCGUUGCUGUGGGUAAUGUGGGGAGUGUGGUGCCAAUAGACCGAUCCUGCAGUGAUCUUUGGGAUCUAUUGGCCCAUUCCGUCCACAUCUUUAGCCCACAACUUAAUGACAUCUGGCAGGGAACUUGACUUCUGAAGCCUCUCUUUUUACUGCCUUCUCCCCUGCAUGGUUCAGAAUUUCCUGGUGUGGGGUGCUUUUAGGGGAGGGGGGGGGUGUUCAUAUCAUCUGCAUCUGUCAAACCUUUCUGAAGUCCAGUGGUGAAACCGCAUCCGUGGAAGAAUGCACAAGGCCUCCAUUGACCUCUUGGCGUGCUUGUUUUGACCACUCAGCCGAGGAAAGGAUGGAGCAAGCGAGAGGCUGUGGUUCAAGGCAUAUGUGACCGCUGGGCGGGCAGUCACCGCUCUCGUGUUUGAGACCGCAGAGCGACAGGCGUCAUCACCCCCUGAAAAGAGGUUGGAUCUCGGAGUCCACAGAAACCUGUCUUUCAUUGUUCAAUGUUAAACCUGCUGUAUUUGUGUCAGGAACACACUUCUUAAUGUGUCUGUUCCAGAAGAUUAAAAAAAUUUAAGAUUUCUUUUUAAGCAUACACAAUCUACAUUUUUGCUGGAUAAGUACUUUGUGGUGGGUAUUGUUAUUUCAGUAUGUAGUUCUAAACCUGCUCCCAACUAAUGUCUGUACAUCUCGGUUUAGCGUCAUUAAGUUUGGGGAAGAAGUGAAUGUGUAGAUUUACCAUAAUGUACAAUCUGUCGAGUAAGAUACUUUCAUUUAGUACUCCUGUGCCUUAUGCCAAUGGAAAUAAACCAUAUUGAAAGGAACGAGGGAGCCCUUAAUGGCCUGAAUAGGUGUUCCUGCCAGGAGAUGUCUGGUUCAGGGCGGCGGCGAAGACGACGCAGUCGUUCACAGACUUAAGAAAUGCGUGACUCCCGAAAAUGACUUGUCGGCAGACUAAAGUGAAAUGCAAGCGUCAAUGGUUCCAACUGCUGUACAUAGUGUAGGUGUUUUUCUCCAGCAUCCGCUUUGGGUAACAGUGUGAGUGUGUGUGCACACACCACCUUGUGCUGGGUGUCCUUGUGUGUGUCGGUGCCCAUGUGUCCUGGAAGGCCUCCUCCACCCACAUGUAACAUGUUACAUUAAAUAUUGAACAGUGGUGAAAUGUGAAGCUGUCUCUUUAAAUCCUGCCUUCUCACUUUAUAUAUUUGGAAUUUGAAGGAAUAAAUGUAAUAUAUAACAAGUAAUA